GAGGUAGGUGAGGUGUCGCGAUGUGGGCCGGCUCGGCUCUCCGCGCCGCGCUCUCUCGGGCCCCCGGCGGCAGCCGCGCGCGCUCAGCGCUGGCGCAGCUGCGUGGCAUACUGGAGGAGGAGCUGGAAGGGAUCCGCGGGGCUGGCACCUGGAAGAGCGAGCGGAUCAUCACAUCGCGUCAGGGGCCGCGCGUCCACGUUGACGGCGUCUCCGGAGGAAUCCUUAACUUCUGUGCCAACAACUACCUGGGCCUGAGCAGCCACCCCGAGGUGAUCCAGGCAGGUCUGCGGGCCCUGGAGGAGUUUGGAGCUGGCCUUAGCUCUGUUCGCUUCAUCUGUGGGACCCAGAGCAUCCACAAGGAUCUAGAAGCAAAGAUAGCCAGCUUCCACCAGCGGGAGGAUGCCAUCCUUUAUCCCAGCUGUUUUGAUGCCAACGCUGGCCUCUUUGAGGCCCUGCUGACCCCCGAAGAUGCAGUUCUAUCAGAUGAGCUAAACCAUGCCUCCAUCAUCGAUGGCAUCCGUCUUUGCAAGGCCCACAAGUACCGCUACCGCCACCUGGACAUGGCCGAUCUAGAAGCAAAGCUGCAGGAGGCGCAGAAGCAUCGACUGCGCCUGGUGGCCACUGAUGGGGCCUUUUCCAUGGAUGGUGACAUCGCACCCCUGCAGGAGAUCUGCCGCCUUGCAUCUCAAUAUGGCGCCCUAGUCUUUGUGGAUGAAUGUCAUGCCACUGGCUUCCUGGGGGCCACAGGAAGGGGCACGGAUGAGCUGCUGGGCGUGAUGGACCAGGUCACCAUCAUCAACUCCACACUGGGGAAAGCGCUGGGCGGAGCAUCAGGGGGCUACACGACAGGGCCUGGGCCCCUGGUGUCCCUGCUGCGGCAGCGUGCCCGGCCCUACCUCUUCUCCAACAGCCUGCCACCUGCUGUUGUUGGCUGUGCCUCAAAGGCCCUGGACCUGCUUAUGGAAAGCAACACCAUUGUUCAGUCUAUGGCAGCCAAGACCCAGCAGUUCCGCAGUAAGAUGGAGGCUGCUGGCUUCACCAUCUUGGGAGCCAACCACCCCAUCUGCCCUGUGAUGCUGGGUGAUGCCCAGCUGGCCUCUCGCAUGGCGGAUGACAUGCUAAAGAGAGGCAUCUUUGUCAUCGGGUUCAGCUACCCAGUCGUUCCCAAGGGCAAGGCCCGAAUCCGGGUCCAGAUCUCAGCAGUGCACAGUGAGGAGGACAUCGACCGCUGCGUGGAGGCCUUCGUGGAGGUGGGGCGGCUGCACGGGGCAUUGCCCUGAGCUCUGGAUAGCGACAAGCAGAGCCAACCAAGGUCCCCCUCUCUCCACGGCAACAAAGGGACCCUUUGAUCAUCAGCGCAGGCCAGAGGCCCUGGGGCCUGUCAAAGUCCUAAGACUGGUCUCGGGCAAGGCAUAUGGUUGUGGCUGUGAGCGUGAAACAAUUGUGGAA